GCCUCCUUGUUUCCCAUGAUGCACCGCGAAGGCCGGCUCAGUCCAGGCCUCGCUCCUUCCUAUUCUCCCGUGAGCCAUUGCGGCGCCGCGCGCGGGAAGGAAAGAUGGCGGCGUCCGUAGGGCUGGCGGAGCGGGGCUACUUGGAACUGAGCGGGGCCGAGCGGGGCGCGCGACGAAGGGUUCGGGAGCUCGUGUUCAGCCUCCCAGGUGGCGGCACGUCCCCCACCGCCGCACGGUACGCCGACAGCGCCGGUGGCUAUUGGUACCAGGAGAACGCGCGCCUGGGCUCGGUGACCAGAAACCGGUUCAUUCAUUGGGCCACUUCAGGUGGGACCUUAGAACUGGUGGAGGAAUCCCUUGAUAUAAAUAUUUUGAAUAAUGCUGUUCAGCUCAAAUUUCAGAACUGUAGCCUCUUACCUGGAGGAGUACAUAUCUUUGAAACGCAGAAUCAUGUUGUUAUCUUGAUUUCAACUAAUCAGACAGUACACAGGCUGAUGUUACCACAUCUAGCUCGGAUGUAUAGAAGUGAGCUGAUAACAGAAAGUCACAUACAGUCUGUUUUCACAGAUAUUGGAAAAGUUCAUUUUAGAGAUCCCUUAAACUACUGUGUGAUCCCCACUAUACCUGGGUUGUCUUCAUAUUCUGCUGCAUCGGCAGCUUGGCUUACCAGUGAUGGAGGAGCACUUUUUGCCCUACCAUCUGCAACUGGUGGAAUUUUUAUCCUUAACUUACCACCUCAUGAUUUUCAUGGAACAGCUUCAUCUUCUUUUGUGGAGUUGAAACAAAGUUCAGUCAUGCAGCGCUUACUUACAGGUUGGAUGCCAACAGCUAUCAGAGGUGACCAGGGUCCUUCAGAUCUUCCAGUUAGUUUGUCUGUUCACUGUCGUGAAAAUGAUGCCCUUAUCUUUGCCCUGUACCAGGAUCAUAAACUUAGGAUGUGGUCUUACAAGGAUCAAAUGUGCCUGAUGGUGGCUGAUAUAUUGGAGUUUGUGCCUGUAAAUAAAGAUCUGAGACUUACUGCUGGAACUGGACACAAAUUGCAGCUAGCAUAUUCUGAGACCUUGGGGCUUUAUAUUGGUGUAUAUUUGCAUGCACCCAAACAAGGACAGUUCUGUGUGUUUCAGUUGGUCAGCACUGAGAGUCACCGCUAUAGUCUUGAUCACAUAUCAUCACUAUUCACUUCUCAGGAGACACUUGUUGAUUUUGCCUUAACUACUGCUGAGAUCUGGGCACUGUGGCAUAAUGAUGAAAACGAGGCUACUGUGAAAUACAUCAAUUUUGAGCACAAUGUUGCUGGUCAGUGGAACCAAGUUUCCAUGCAGCCCUUGCCAGCUGAAGAAGUAGACAUUAGAGAUGAUCAAGACCCACGGGAAACAUUUACAGAGGCCAUCUUCAUGCCUAACCAAUUCACAAAUGCAGCCUUGCUUAAAGCUUUACAGAUAUAUUCUCAAGGAAUUGAGAGGCUUACCGACCUAAACUGGGAUGAGCUGAAAAAACAAAUUACUGUAGCUGUGGAAAGUGAGUUCCAGAGUAAUCUGGCUGAAUACGAAUUCUCUCAAGAAUUGUAUAGACAGCUACAAAUAGAGUCUUGGUCAAAAUUCUAUGCUUACUGCCUUCAGUACCAAGAAGAACUCUCACGCCCACUUGCGUUUUUCUUGAAUCCAUGCACGAACAUGGUUUGCUUGCUGAAAAAGGGAUACCUAUCUUUUCUUGUAUCCUGCUCCCUGAUUGAUCAUCUGUACCUCUUGCCUGCUGAACUGUUAAUAAAUGAAUUUGAGAGUGCUGGCCUGGAUGAAUCUGAAUUUUCUCAUGAUCUUGUGAGUCUUGUUCAGUGCCUUCGGUUAAUUGGAAAAUCAGUUAAUGCGGAGAUGGCAUACACAAUGGAAAUGGCUUGCUGCCGUCUCAAGUCUCCAGAGAGAGCUGCAGAACAGAUACUGAGAGAUCUCAUUGCUAAUGACACAGACAAUUUGAUGGAAGAUAUUCACAGUGAACUGCAAGAGAUGAGAAACCCUGUUAAUGCUAUUGGGAUGCUUCUCCGAGAAAUGGACUAUGAGGCAGAUAUGGAACUGGAAAGAGGAUUCAGUAUCGUUCAACCCCUAAAUGUCCGCAUGCACCUUUCACAGCUCUAUGGUAGCAGCACAAUGGUGAAUAUGGUGUGUCAGUGUGUAUACAAGAUGUCUGUGACUCGCUUCUUGAUUUGUCGGGACUUGUUGAUUUUACAGCAGUUCUUGCUCCGGCUUGGAGAUGCGGUGACUUUGGGAGGAGGCCAGCUGUUCCACACUCAGCAGAAUCUACUGCAUCGCACAUCCCUUUUGAUACUAUCCUAUUACCUGAUCAGGUGGGCAAGUCAAUGCUUAGCAUCAGAUGUUCCAGUUGAUGAACUGGAAUCCAACCUCCAGCAUCUUUCUGUAUUAAAACUGACAGAUUCUACAUGCCUAGCACCACUUAAACUAGUAUCUGGCCCUCAAACUAUUGUGGAGCUGUUCUUUCAGGAGGUGGCUCGAAAACAUGCAAUAUCUCAACUCUUCCAGUCAAAUGCAGCUAUGGAUGAAACAAGUUUGAACUGGCCACAAAUAUUUUCUGAAAUUUCAAGUUAUCUGCUGCAGUUUUUAUGGCCAAGAAAUCCUUGUUUCCUCUUCCCAGAAUGUUUGAUGGGGGCCUGUCAGUAUAUUCAGCUGCAGGAAUACAUUCGUUUGUUGGAACCCUGGUGUCAUGUCAAUGUGGGAUCCUGCCGCUUUAUGAUGGGACGUUGUUUCCUUGUUAUGGGAGAAGGACACAAGGCUUUGGAGUGUUUUUGCCAGGCAGCCUCAGAAGUGGGAAAAGAGGAGUUUUUAGACAGACUGAUUAGAUCUGAGGAUGUGGAAAUGGCUUCAAGCCCACGUUUACAGUAUUAUGACAAGGUUCUGCGUCUGUUGGAUGCCAUGGGUCUGCCUGAACUGAUCAUUCAGUUGGCUACUUUAGCUAUCACCGAUGCAGCUGACGAUUGGAGAAGUCAAGCCACCUUGAGGACUUGCAUUUUCAAACAUCACUUGGAUUUGGGGCAUAACAGCCAAGCUUAUGAAGCUAUGACCCAUAAUCCAGAUCCCAGCAGGCAGUUGGAUUGUUUGCGACAGUUGGUGGUGGUUCUCUGUGAACGUUCUCAGCUCCAAGAUCUAGUGCAGUUCCCAUACGUCAAUCUUCAUAAUGAGGUUGUGGGGAUCAUUGAGUAUCGUGCUCGGGCAGUAGAUCUGAUGACCCACAAUUACUAUGAACUGCUGUAUGCUUUCCACAUUUAUCGCCAUAACUACCGGAAAGCUGGAACAGUGAUGUUUGAAUAUGGAAUGCGCCUUGGCAGAGAAGUGCGUACUCUUCCUGGACUACAGAAGCAAGCAAACUGUUACCUUGCAGCUGUUAAUUGUUUGCGGUUGAUACGCCCUGAAUAUGCCUGGAUUGUACAGCCAGCUUCAGGGGCUGUGUAUGAACGUCCAGGAGCAUCUCCUAAGAGAAGCCAUGAUGGAGAGUGUACUCCUGCCCCAACUGGGAGUCAGAUUGAAAUUUUGGAGCUACAAGAUUUGGAAAGGGAAUGUAUGUUGGCUCGCAUACGAUUAACUUUGGCACAACAUGAUCCAUCAACAGCUGCAAUUACGGGAAACUCAUCUCCCAAGGAGCUGGUUACUUUGUUGGUUCAGGCUGGCCUCUUUGACACAGCUAUGUCCCUCUGCCAAACUUACAACCUUUCCUUAAGACCUGUGUUCGAGGGACUUACUUUCAAAUGUAUUAAACUUCAGUUUGGAGGAGAAGCAGCACUGACAGAAGCAUGGGACUGGCUAGCUGCAAAUCAGUUCCCAUCAGUCAUCACAACCAAGGAGACCAGUGCAACAGAUGAAGCAUGGCGUCUCCUAUCCUACUACCUGGACAAAUACAAAUGCCAAAACAGCCCAUACCAUCGUUGUGUAAUCAACAAGUUGCUGUCUCAUGGAGUGCCCUUGCCUAACUGGCUCAUCAACAGUUACAAAAAGGUGGAUGCUGCUGAACUUCUUCGCCUGUAUUUGAACUAUGAUCUCCUGGAAGAAGCUGUGGAUUUGGUUUUGGAGUACGUGGAUGCCCUGCUAGGGAAGGGACAUGAUUAUUUUGGCAUUGAGUUCCCACUAUCAGCUACAACUCCAAUAGUCUGGCUACCAUAUUCUGCAAUUGACCAGCUUCUUCAAGCACUGGGGGAAAAUGCAAGUAAUCACCAUAACUUAAUGCUGUACCAAAAGGUUCAUGACAAACUAGAGCUCUACCAAGACCAGGUCGAUAAGGCAACUCGGGAUCUUCUGUAUCGUCGAAACUAGCAAACACACUUGAUUGUGUGACUUCCUUUUAUCACCUUGUGCCUAGUGGCCUUUUAGGCAAAUCUGAAAAAACUGUGCUUGAGACUAAUGUGUGUACCUGGCAUGACGUAUAUGUGAAGCAUUGGCUUUGCAUGGGUUGCCCAGGGGCAUGGAGAGCCCUAUGCACUGCUGGUGGUGCUAUUAUUACAAAUUCUAUUUUUUCAUAAUGAUCCAAAGCAUUCUCUAUCAGGGGAUGAUAAACCUUUUUUUAAAAUAUGUUGGGGUAUUAUGUUUAAGCUUCAAUAAAGUCUGCUGAGCUGGGUGGCAGUAAUUUCCAGUAAUGAAAAAAAACAUUUGUAUGUUGCAUGUUCCUAUUGUCUUUCUACUGAAUUGUUUUGUAUCAUAUCCCUCCCUCUACUGCACUAUCUGUAAGCGCUAAUGGUGGUCUUAUUUAUUGUGACAGUUUUUGAAUUGUCCUUAAUAAAUGGAAAGCUUUGUUAAA